AAAAGAAAGCGACUCCAUCAAGAAUUCAAUUGAAGAUAACCAGGGACCCCAGCCCGGCUCCUCCUCAAAGAAGCAUAGCGCACGAAUGGCAUGCAUGUCUUUUGUUGAUCUUGAUUCUGAACCCCAGGUUCUGUGCGGAACAUUUAAUCUGCGCUUGAAAUCAUCUCGGCCGGCAGUCAUGACCCAAUCUUUUCUCUCUCCACCGUCCAUGUGUCGCCCUCGAGGCGUCAAUCAGUUGCAGUCAAACCGUCGCUUGACGUUGGCAACGUAGCCUCCUCGUUCUCUACUCCUCGCUCACUCACCCACAGUCUGUCGCUUCCGUCUUCCUAACUAACCCCUGCGAUGAGGUUCACCGCAGGACAGUGCGCCUGCUACGCGCUCGCAUCAUUGCUUCUUCUGUCUUCUGCUCCAGCUUUGGCAGCCGUGCGAUCUGAUAUCCGGGAACAACGCCUUGGACCACGGUCCGAGUUUCGUUUUAGCAAUGCAUCUUCGAUCGCCCCCUCUGACGACAACCAUCCUUUGAGUCCGAAUACAUUCGAGUCCGCUCUCUCUAACUCUGAGAGCUCUGUCGCGACCGCGACCACGACCACGCUGAUAGUGGCCACCACAUCGAAUCCCAGCCAUGCGCCACUAGUCACGACAUGGCAUGCUCCAACAGAUAUCGCAAGACCGCCCAGUCCACCAAGCCCACCAAGCCCACCAAGCCCACCAAGCUCACCAAGCUCACUAAACCACACCGAGAUCUCCUCCAGAACCAGGACUGCCGGGUCCGAUCCUAGCGAUGAAUCCUCAAGCUGCAGACACUACACAUUCGGCGAGUACUGGACCAUCUACUCCACCCUCUACACGACGACCACGACGUACUACGGGCAGCCCCAGGACUACACACCUCCCUACCCCACCACUGACCUACCGACAUACUGCGAUAACCUGGGCAUCACUGGCUCUAUCCCGACCAAAGGCAAAGUGAGCAGCAUUCACGCCUCCAUCAAGUCGGGACAGCCUGUCUACCCGGAAUUCCCAACACCCUCGAUACCGUAUGUGACGUUUAUCACAACCGACAAGAAUCCACAGGUGGUGUACUCGCCGGGGCCCAAACCAGGCUACAGCCGCUCCCACAGGAACGAUGGUGCAGGCCUCGACCCUAUCGGUCAUCAUAUCACAGCAUCACCGUCCGAUCCUCACAAGCCCAACCCCUUUGCCCCCCCGGCGCAAGUGACGACGAGCCCGUCACAAGUCAUCGUCACAGCGGAGCCGGACAAGGUCCAGAUAGGCACAAAGACAGUCACCAAUCUACGACCAGGCCAGACGACAACCGUCCAUGUUGGUGGUGCGACUUUCACCAUCGGGCCCACGGCGGUCGUCGGUGGGGGCCAGACUCUCAUCAAGCCCCCGCCUCCGCCUCAGCUACGUACAACGAUGCACGGAUUACCCUUUUCAGCCUCAGGGAGUGUGGUUGUGGUCGACGGGACGACAAUGACCGCCCCCGAGGAGGGUCUGAGUACAGUUAUCAACCACGAAGCUGUAUCAAUAUCGCCGGGCGUGGCCAUCUUUGGCAACGAUGCCAUCUCCUGGCCUAUCAAGGACAGCAAGGACGGCAUCGCAGUCGCAGGCGGCGAGAGGGUCACAGCGAUCGGGCCGACUGUCUUUGUCAUCCACUCGACCACCAUCACCUACGGAACGGACACGGAGCAGAUGACGACGCAGGUUGACGAUGACACCCUGACCAUUGGCCCAGAUGGCGUGACUCUGGAGUCGACUAUGCUCGCGCCAACAUCGGGUGAGACACUGUAUGCCUUCGUCGGCGGCGUGACGGUCUCGCGGUCUGACGAUGUCAUCUUUAUCAACGGCAAGACGUUUAGCGUGGACGAUGCGGAUGUCACGACCACCAUGGGGGGCGAGGUGCUCACGGUGGGACGAGACGGCGUGAGGAUGUCCAGCGUGACACUAGGCGGCAAACGGUCCACAAGCAGCGAUGAGACGGACAAGGUCGUCGCCACUUUUGAGGGCGAGAGCAGGCCGAAGAAGACGGGAGGCAGCAAGGAUGAUGAUGACGAUGAGGACGAUGGCGCGGGUGCUUUGUCACCGCACAGAAUCUCAGCUGGUAUAACAGUACUGGCCAUUCUGGAGCUCCUGAUAUAAGGGGUCAUUAUUUAACGACGUUAUGAUAAGGGUUACGACAGAUAUACGCGCACGCACACAUCAGGAUAAACGGGCAUUCGGCGUUCGUGGCAGGACAAAUAUUCGAGAGACCAGAUAGAGGUCAAAAUAUGCAUGACUU